AUGGCGUCACUCCUCUCCUGCUGGUUUCUCCCCUGGCGCUCGGGGGGCCGGCCGAACUGGAAGAAGAUCGAAGAAGCCGCAUCCCCCGCCCGCCUGCAGGCCCUCCCCUCCUGGACCGCCCCAGACAACAGCCUGCUCUUCCAGGGCUUCGAGUGGCAUGUCCCCGCGGACGGGGCGCACUGGGCGCGUCUUGCGCGCGCCCUGCCCGGUCUCCGGGCGCUCGGCGUCGACAGCAUCUGGCUCCCGCCGGGGUGCAAGGGGAUGGACGUGGACGGGAACGGGUACGACAUCUACGAUCUCUGGGAUCUAGGCGAGUUUGGGCAGAAGGGGGCGGUGCGGACGAAGUUCGGGACGCGGGAGGAGUUGCUGCAGUUGGUGAGGACUGCGCGGGGGCUGGGCAUGCGUGUUAUCUGGGACGCUGUGCUGAAUCAUAAGGCCGGCGCGGACUUUCCGGAGCGCUGUGAGGCUGUUAGGGUUGAUCCGGAGCGACGGAACGUCGACGUCUCCAAGCCCAUGACCAUAUCCGGCUGGACUGGGUUUGAGUUCGCGGGGCGGGGAGAUACGUAUAGCGGCAUGAAGUAUCAUAGCGAGCACUUUUCCGGCGUGGACUGGGAUGAUAGUACCCAGACCGGCGGGGUCUAUCGUAUUCUUGGUGGCAAGAAGAACUGGGCGCAGGAUGUUUCGCAGGAGAAGGGGAACUACGACUAUCUGAUGUUUGCGGAUCUGGACCUCUCGCAUCCGGAAGUGCGUGCGGACUUGCUGAGCUGGGGGUCGUGGAUCACGGAGCAGCUGUCGCUGGAUGGGAUGAGGCUCGAUGCGGCGAAGCACUUCUCGACGGGGUUCCAGAGGGCGUUUGUCGAGCAUGUUCGGAAGACGAAGCCUGCGUUCUCUGUUAUCGGCGAGUACUGGAGCGGCGAUAUCAAAGAGUUGGCGGGGUAUCUGCAGGACAUGGAGCAUACGGUCUCAGCAUUCGAUGUACCUCUCGUCGACAGAUUCUCGCAGAUUUCAAGAACGCGAGGAGCCGAUCUGAGGAGGAUCUUCGACGGGACGCUGGUGCAUUCUCACCCCGAGCAUGCGGUGACAAUCGUCACGAACCACGACACGGUACCUCCCCUGCCCUCCUCUCUCCAACCAACUAACCAACCACAAACAAAGCAACCAGGCCAAAUGAUGGACACCCCGAUCUCCCCCUCCUUCAAACCCCUCGCCUACGCCCUCACGCUCCUCCGCAAAGACGGCCUCCCCACGCUCUUCUACGGCGACCUCUACGGCAUCCGCCACAACGUCAAGAAACCGCUUACGCCCGCGUGCGCCGGCAAACUGCCGAUCCUCGCGCAGGCCCGCGCGCACUUCGCCUACGGCGAGCAGCAGGAUUACUUCGAUGCGCCGAACUGCAUUGGAUUCACGCGCUACGGCAACGCCGCACACCCGGCGGGCCUGGUCUGCGUUAUGAGUAACACGGGCGCGGCGAGCAAGAAGAUGUUUGUUGGGACGCAGCGCGCCGGCGAGGAGUGGGUUGAUUUGUUGAGGCCAGGGGCGACUCGAGUCGUCAUUGAUAAGCGCGGGUAUGGGGUGUUUGGGGUUGAGGCUGUGAGUGUGGCUGUUUGGGUGCCGGCGCAGGCGGCGGCUGGGGUUGGGCUGGGAAGGGAGAAGGUUGAGUUUGACGUUAAUAUCUACGGCCUUUGA